AUGCUCCUCCGUCUUCUAAUACUUCUUCAGGCGGUGGUAUAUGCCAUCUAUCUUGGCUGGCCCAUGGACGAGCAGCUCCCAAAUGUCGCUCGUGUAAACCAGCCUUAUGAGUUCACCAUUGCCUACUUGACUUACCGCUCCAACAGCGGUGGGUCCAUCUCAUACUCGGUGACCGGCUUGCCCAGUUGGCUCUCGUUUGACCAGCUGAGUCGAACCUUUUCAGGGACCCCAUCAGAGAGCGACGUCGCGUCUUUUGAAAUAACAUUGACGGGUAAGGACGACACCGAUGCCUCGGAAAUGUCUCGAAACUACACAAUGCUCGUAUCCAACAGCACGGGUAUCCAAUUGUCAUCUGACGACGUUAUGUUCCCUAUAAUUGCUCAGUAUGGCAGGACUAAUGGCAGAGGCGGGCUUGUUUUAUCUGAGGGUGAAGACUUUGACAUCAAACUCUCCGAGGAUAUCUUUGAGGAGAAGAAUGGCUCGCUGCGACCUAUCAUAGCCUACUACGGACGUUCUCAGGAUAGAACCUCCUUGCCUAGCUGGAUAUCGUUCAAUGCUGACGAUUUGUCUUUCUCAGGCACAGUACCUUAUGUGACAUCUGACAUCGCACCUUCCUCAGAGUAUGGCUUCAGCUUCUUAGCGUCUGAUUACUAUGGUUUUUCUGGUGCAGAAGCCAUCUUCAAAAUCUUGGUUGGUGCUCACGACUUGAGCACCUCUCUCAACGAGUCGAUCAAGAUUAACGGUACCUUUGGCGCUGAUUUCCACUACGAGGCUCCGAUUCUUUCAUCCGUAUACUUGGAUGGAAACCUCAUCAACAAGUCGAACAUAUCUUCUGUGGCUACCAACGACCUCCCAUCUUACGUGACAUUCAACAAAGACGAUUAUACUCUCAGUGGAGUGUUUCCAAACUCUUCAAGAAGUGAUAACUUCUCCAUUGUUGUGAGCGACUUCUACGGCAACACCGUUGACUUGCCCUACAGGUUUGAUUCCAUUGGUUCAGUCUUCACGCUCAAAAAAUUGCCCGACGUCAAUGCUACAAAGGGUGAGUUCUUUGAAUAUCAAAUCAUGAAGUCUUUCUUCACUGAUUUCAAUGAUACAGAGGUGAGCGUUUCGCUUAAUGAGAAUGAUAACUCAUGGUUAUCCUACGUUGAAUCUAAUAUGACCCUUGUUGGUAAAGCCCCAUCCGACCUCAACCUGGUCAAGGUCAAAAUCCAGGCUGACUCCUCUUACGAUUCAGAGUCGAGAACUUUUUCGGUUCGUGGGAUCGACAAGGAGAAAAAACCAACUAACUCAUCGUCCACUUCAUCAACUCUGUCGACACCAACGUCAAGAUCUUCAGAAUCUUCGACGCUGAGUAACGGAGCCGAUGAGCAGUCGAAAUCUGGAAAUCAUUCACGUAAAGCAUUGAUACUUGGUCUUGCAAUAGGCCUUCCGUGCUUCUUCCUUGUAUUGGCGCUUCUUUUGCUAUUCUUUUUGUGUUGCAGGCGUAAGAAAAGGCAAGAUGAGGAGGAGAAUGAAAAGUCCAUGGAGGAUACGUUCAUCGAACGGCCUGAAAACUUGGAUGAUCGUACUGAGACACCACAUCAGUUGGGUGCUUUGAAUGCAUUGAAACUAGACAAUGACUCUGCGUCAACUCUGUCCUCUGUCACGCAUGUUGAUAGCGACUCGACCUCAAGAUACUUUGAUGCUUCAGAGAAACCAAUGAAGUCAUGGCGAGCAAAGGAUGAGUCAGAUUUGAUGGCUGUGAAAAAUAAGCUUAUGCAAAGACAUGCCUCAGAAAUUUCUAAUAGCACGGUCAACACUGAGGAGCUUUUUGCCGUUAGGCUUGUCGAUGAUGAAACUCGCAGAUCCGCAUCUCAAUCCCCGUUUUUCCUGAGAGACUCUCUUGAUCAGCACUUCCGUGAAAGCGGCUCUUCGGCUAAUAUAGAGAGGCUUGACAGUGAUAGUAAUAUUGUCCCUACGCUGGUCUCCAAUACAUCCUCACCAAGAAAGCGUGCUGCUCAAAGCAUGAGUCUCAACAACAUUAACGAGGAAGACAACGCAUACAGAGGAGGUGACAAUAAGUAUCAAUAUGGCCGUGAGGAAUCUGAAGAAAAGGAUUUGAUGGCAAAGUACUUCAGCGGCAAAACCUCUUCUAUUGAUGCGGACGACUUUAAGGUUGUUAAAACGCCAGUGGGUAAUUAUGAAUGGAGAAGAUCAAAAGAUGCCCUCGUGGCAUCCCCAGAUUCAGAGACCUUCCUACUAAAUAACCCAGAGCAUACGCCUGUGAACUCAUAUUCUACAACUGCUGGUAAUAACGCUUCUAAAACAUCAGUCUAUUCUGAUGAUCUACAAAACGAUAAACCUCUUGGUGCAGGCAAAACACUCAAUGGCCAGGCGAAGUUAGUUGAGUUCACCAGGAAAGGCAGCUUGAGAGAUUCUUCCCACACUCCUACCAUGGAAUUCUCUGGAGAGACUGCUCAAAUUCACGACGGCAGUAGUGCUGAGAGCGAGUGA